GUGCAAAACAACUUUAUGGUCCAAUUUCUAGAUUAUUCAUACUGAAAUUUAAAUAUGGAAACAUAAACUGAGGCGAUAAAGUGUAAUUAAGGUCCCGGUAAUAAAACAUGCAAUAUUUGUGCAUGUACCGAAAAGUAAACAUCAGUAGAUCGAAUUCUCCAAGUUGUCCAAUAUUUUACGGAUAUUAUUUCGCUUCGAAUUCUAAUCAUUUUGAAAAAAUUGAAAAACCUAACCAUGGACGCAAUGCAAAUUAGUGAAGUUGAAUCAGCAGUAUUCACAGACAUCUCUUCCGAUAGUUUAGAAUAUUCAACGGUAACAUCGCAAGGCGCUUUUAGUGAAUAUCAUGAGGCUUGCAUUGAUGAAGAUAUUUUAAUGCUUGGCGGUACUCUUGAAAAGAUGAACUUAAAUAACAGCAAAAUGGAAUUGAAUGCCUUCCCGGAAAAUGUGUCAGCAAAAAGAACUUUGAUGCGUGACACUCAAGAGGAAGAUGUACCCAAGACACCACCAAAAUAUGCUAGUAAACGAAAAGCUCAAGAUAUGGAGCUAGCUGAUGGCUUGAGAUGCCGACCAAAGGCAGUUCCAAAACGUUUAAAGGCAAUGGAAGAAGGACACACACCAAUUACAACGAAAGAUGCACAACAUUUGGUGGCAAAUGUUUUACUCCACCGAAUGAAACGGGGCGUUUUGCACACUGGCUACAUUAGAUCGAUUUCUAUGUCCGACCAACCUGUUGCCGGGACGAUGAAAAUGAGCGAAAAAUCACUAAAUAAAAUGAGACGAUCAUUGCAGUUUUGA